AUGGACUUUCAAAACUCUGCUGGCAGACAAGUUAUUACUUCCAACCAACCCACAACGUUUCGUCAGGUUGCUAGUGUUUCUUUUGCAUCUCAGCCAGUUUACCUACCGUCCGAAGGGUAUUCUUCGUACGUAACUCAGUCAACUCCAACCGGUUACGGUGACAACUUCCAUCGAAGCACGAUCGGUUAUGGGAGAUUGUUCUCGUACGUCUCUGAUUCAUCAAGAUGUGAAUAUUGUGAGGACAACGGAGGAGACGAAGAGAAGUCGUUAACGGUUCAUUCGGGUAUCCCACCUCAAACAAACACUUUAUCCAGUUCUUCGAAUACUGGAGUAUCUUUACUUCAUUCAACACCAUCUUCCCCGACAUUAUCCCCCACAUCAUCCCUGACAUCAUCUUCCCAAUUAUCGUCCUUCCAAAUACAGUCGCCAAAAACUUCAUCAGACAUUCCAUUAUCAUCAUCUACAAAUGAACAAUCUUCAACACUUAGACAACUCACUUGGUCGCACUCGCGACCAUUUGCGCCACCCAAACCUCCAUCUGUCAUUAGUGCAACCACGGCUAAUGACGCUUCGCCUGCACCAACACAACCUUCAGCAUUACCAUCGCAAACCAAUUCGGCCGUGAAACGCAAAGAUCCAGACACUUCUAGUGAAGCACGCUGCCUCUGGGCUGCAUGUGCAGCUGCCUUUAGGUCUAUUGACGAGCUUAUUCGACAUGUUUCUAAACUACAUAUUUCCGGGCGAACCAAAGGUCUUUUCUGUCGAUGGGCUUCAUGCUCAGCCGAAAAGGAUGGCAGUGACGAAUUGAUUAAUCAUUUAUGCUCGGAUCAUCUGGGUACUAAGGAGUACAAACAUUUAUGUAAAUGGGGGGACUGUAUUGCACGAUUUCAGACUUUCGAUGAUUUAACAUCGCAUUUAAGUGAAGGUCAUGUCGGGAGCGGUAAAAGUAAAUAUGUAUGCUAUUGGGAACAAUGCGAGAGGAACGGGAGGCCAUUUUCGCAGAGACAGAAAGUUAUGAGGCAUAUGCAAACACAUACCGGCGAUAAGCCGUACCAGUGUAAUAACUGCAAUAAACGCUUUUCCGAGGCCAACAUCAUGACUCAGCAUAUGAGAAUCCACACUGGAGAGCGCCCGUUCAAAUGUCAUUAUUCAGAGUGUGGUCGACAGUUCUCCAUAUCUGGCGCAUUGACUAUUCAUCUUCGAAUGCAUACAGGAGAGAAACCUUUCCAAUGUAAGUUUAGUGGUUGUCGAAAACGCUUUGCAGAAUCAUCUAACCUCACAAAACAUAUGCGGAUACACACCGGUGAACGCCCAUUCAAAUGUCCGGAACUCAAUUGUGAGAAAGCGUUUUCUCGUCCUGACCAAUUGGCACCAGGGGAAGAAUAUUGGACAGUUGAGAUCAGCCCUUUUUACGGUGUAAGUAUUCACGACCAAGGAGAAUUUGGACAUAGAAUAAUAAAGGAAGAGGGUCAAGAGAGCAAUCGUAUUUUAGGAAUCGACUUUCGUAAGAUACACCUCUUCCGAUAA